UGCUCAUUAACAACCCCUCUGUACUGGAAAUUGCUCUCAAAACGAAAUUUCAUAGAAGAAAUAAUUAAAAAAGGGGAAAAAAAAAAUCCAAAACGAACGAAUCUACACAGCAACCAGGGACGACCCCAGAACCCAGUCGUUGGAUUUUUUACACGAAAAGUAGAAAACAAUAUUAAAAAGGUGACUUUUUGUCCUAUAUCUAUAGAUCACUUGAUCAAUAACGUUUCCAUUUUCGAAUAAGCAGCCGUCUUCAUCAUCAUUAUCAUCUUCUUCUUCUUACCCAUCUUCUAGCAUGUCCGUCUCUGGUAUUCAAGGCCAUCUUCUUGAAGUUACUGUCGUAGGUUGUAAUAAAUUGAAAGAUACAGAAUGGAUUUCUAGGCAAGAUCCUUAUGCUAUUGUUGAAUAUGGUAGCAAUAAGUCCCGCACAAGAACCUGCACAGAUGGUGGCAAAAAUCCUACAUUUCAAGAGAAGUUUGUGUUUACUCUAAUUGAAGGGCUAAGAGAACUGAAUCUUGUGGUUUGGAACAGCAAUACCUUAACAUAUGAUGAUUUCAUUGGCAGUGGAAAGGUUCAAUUGCAGAAGGUUCUAUCAGAAGGUUAUGAUGAUAGCACCUGGCCACUUCAGACUAAAACCGGCAGAUAUGCUGGAGAAGUGAGGCUCAUUUUGCAUUAUCCAAAUGCCAAGAAACCAGCUACAAGCUUUACUCCUUCUGCUCCACCAUAUGGAGCACCUGUGCCCCAUUCAUCCAUGUACUCACCACCACCUCCAGCAUCUGUAGCUUCUUAUGCGCAACUACCUGCAGCCUACACAUCUCAUUAUCCAUCAUAUCCACCAUCUGCAUACCCUCCUCCACCAACUGCUUAUCCCCCUCCUCCAUACCCACCGCAUUCAGCUUAUCCUCCACAUCCAUAUCCACCGCCUCCACAUGCUUCACCCUAUUAUCCUCCAGGUCCUUUUCCUGGUAUUUAUCCUCCACCGUACUAAGAAGCAGCUCCAGAAGGUCCAGUGAGGAAGCAAGAUGUGGAAUUUGCUCUGUAGACAGCAUUAGAAUUUAGUCAUGGUAGUUUUAACUUAUUCAAUGGGUAAGCUUGUAUGUAGCAGUGCUGAGGAAAUGCUGCAUGCAGUUGACCAUUUCUGCAACCUGUAAUGUGGUACGCCUUGUGUAUAACGUCGCCCUUUUAGUUAUAUCUUUCAAGAUCUGCAGAUUUGUUCUUUUUUUUUUUGUUACUGGUGAUAAAUUGUGCAUAAGAUGUUGAUGUAAAUCAUCUUGCAAGAUAUGUUUUAGUUCAUGUAUUCUUUCAA